AUGACUGUUUCUGCUGCUGCGGUCGACAAUGAGGGUGAAAAAACAGGACAAAGUAAAAACAACGCCAGCCAUUUCUCCGGGGAAGUCAGGUACCUGGCCAUCUGCUACCCUCUGCAGUACAACACACGUAUGACCCAUAACAAGGUGUUGGUGUCCAUCCUGGUGCUCUGGUUGUACUCCUUCUUCAAAGUUCUUAUUAAUACGUCCUUGAACAUCCGUCUGACCCGCUGUGGAAACGUCAUUGACGAUUUGUACUGUAAGAACUACCCCAUUGUCAACUUGGCCUGUGGCGACACCACAGUCAACAACAUCUAUGGACUCUUUGGUACCGUCAUCACCAUCUUGGUGCCUCUACUUCCCAUCCUCUUUUCAUACAUGAAGAUUCUGCUUGUGUGUUUCUCUGGCUCUAAACACACCAGACAGAAAGCCCUCAGCACCUGUUCCCCUCAGCUGGUCUCACUGCUCAACUUUUCUUUCGCCUGUUUGAUUCAUAUAAUGCAGAGCAGGAUGUUUAUCAGCGGCUUCCCUAAGAUCCUGCAGAUCUUCCUUUCCCUGUAUCACAUGAUCAUGCAGCCGGUGCUGAAUCCUAUAAUGUUUGGUUUGCAGCUCUCCAAAAUACGGGAUGCUUUUAAAAAUCUUCUGUUUCCUAAAUGACCCGUCACGCAGAUGUGGUGUAAAAAGGAGUUGGUAAAUGUUUGUCAGCCUUGUGUAAUGCUGUGACUGAGUAAAGAAAAAAUGUCAAAUAAAUUAUACUGAAUGUCUUGAAGUAGAGCUGACAUCAGUACUUGACCAAAAUGAUCAGUAGUUUCUUUAUAAUCAUAUCAGAAGCUUAAAAGUCAAGACAUUUUGUAAGAAAAAAAGGUCUGACAAUCUGGCGUCAACAACAACCAUCCAUAAUCUGUCCUAAUAGUUCAGUGUGUUUUUGAAUUUUCAAAUGAAUUUUACUGAACCUUUCACAGAGUGUGAGAGUUGUGAUGGUUAUGUUGCAGGAAAGAUGGAGAAGAUUUUUUUUGUAGUGUGAUCCACGCAGGCCAUGUGUAAGUUGAACAGGUUCUCACAUGACGUCUGGGUUUGAUAGAUCCUGAACAUAAGUUGUUAACUGUGACCUGGUGUGUUUUGCAGGUCUGUCCUGACACACACACACAGGCCCAGGAUGUAGAAGUGCUCAUGAGUAAACAGUCAACAUGAUGAUGUCCAGGCUGUUUUUAUCCAGUCAGAGGCUUUAGUCUAGUGAGUGACGGUAAAACUGAUAUUUAAAACAGUCUCUGAGGAGACAGAGUUUGAAUAAAAAUCCUAAUUCCGAUUUUACACUUGAUCACAGUCAAAUGUAGCCCUGAGUCACUCCAUAAAGUGUGCAUGUUUAACAUAGUCGGCUCAGAAGAAUUGGAAGAUAAAAAUGUUAAUGUUCACAACAUUAAGUGGUUGCAUGUUAAGAGAAAACUGCCACAUCUCAACAUUAACAUUAUCAAGUUCCAUGUCUAAACUAGGGCUGUAAAUGAUUGGAUAUGUUUUAUUUUUGAUCAAUCACCGGGUAGCUGUUGAUGACAAUCAAUCAUAAUUAAUCACGAUCACAAUAACUUAAAUCAAACUGACAUUCAUAAGUAUGAUAAAAGCAUUUCUCUGUAUAUUGCUGGGACAGAAAGAUCAACAGCAGUUAGAUGUCAAUGAUUUUCACAUAAUCAAGGUUAUUCUUGCCUGCUCUAACCGGGGCUCUUUGCAAUCCAUUUAAUGCAUGUGUGUGCUCAGGGUACUCAUAGUUGACUGAUACUUUCAUAACUUUUAAUGAUGGUUUCUCUUGAAGUAAUUUUUCCGUUUAUUGAUGGAAAUCGAUGAAAAGAAAACGCUAUGAUGUACAGCCCUUUGACCAGAACAACUAAGGUGGUGCAGUGUGACAGUUCAGUUUGGUGUUAGCUUAACUCCACACUUCAGUCCUGAACUUCUUCAUAAAACAUCCAGGACAGAGUUGUCUGCCUGAACUCUGUGGUUGUCAGGUCAGAUGUCAACAUGUUUGUCCCUCAGGUGUCUUUACAUCAGCCACAGUUUCCAAACAAAACAAGUCUGUUCCUUGGUGUCUUCAAAGGUCCACUAAUGAUAUCCCUACGGACACACUCACACACACUUACCCAGACCAGUGUUUGUCCCCUGUUUGGCCACAGGAUAACUCAUGUCCCUCAUUAAUGUUAUUCCCUCUUGUAAAAGUUUGUUCUUCACACUCACUUACACUCAGGUGUGUGUGUGUGUGUGUAUCCAAAACUACUGAAGUUUGAUUAUUUAAAUCUGUUGACAUGGAGAAUCAAAUUGUUUGUUUUACAUCUAACACAGUGACACAGAGUUACUGGAGUAAACAUGGCUACACGUGGAAAAGCAGUUCCAUCUCACCAGUUCAAUCCCCAGCUCAUGUUCUCCUGUUCUCUCGGUGUGUGUCUGAGGCCCUGUUUACAGAACUGCAACACGAUAUGACUACUGGAGCUGCAAAAGUGGAAUAAUUAGCUGUAACACACCAAGUAGCCGAGAAGUAGCCUGGCAUCUGCCAUUGUUGUUAUUGUGUGGCGUUGAACAUCAUGUCACCCUGCUCUGUUCACACAGAGACGCAGGGCUCCAGUUCUUAAAGUUCACCAAUCUGAGGCCUGUAUUUGGGUUCCCCACCCCAACGCUCCGGAUCCAUCUAAACACAAGCCUGAAUCGGUGCUAUUGCUGUGGGAUCUGUAGUUGUAAGGUCUCUCUCACCUAAAUGUGACCAUGAGAUGGGUGAGGAUGAGUGAGGACGGUGAGGAGGAUGAGUUGGUCCUCACUGUCAUCUGCUGAUUAAACUCUAUACAAGGAGUUUCUACCAGUCCAAAUACUGUUAACUUGUUACAAAAGAACUGAGUGUUAGAACUAAUGGUUGGUGAUGAUGGUGAUGAUGAUGAUGAAGAUGAAGAAAUGUUUACGAGAUAAAGUAGAGAAAAAUUUCAGGGAGAAAGAAAAGUUUGGUUUGGAUGUCAUCAUUUCCUCCAGAGAGAAACUGUGGUCCAAACAUUGGUCCAUGUGUCUGUGGGACAUCAUUAACAGUUCUUCUGUGGACCACAGGGACCAGGGCCCAGCUCCCACUGAUAAACAUGUCACUCUUUAGUGUCUGAGGACAUGAGUGGAACCGAUGCACAAGGGAGUAAACAGUGACCAGAGAACAGAACUGAUUUGAUCCAAGUCACAGUGAGGAGUAAUGUUUUUUAUUAUUAUACUGUGACUUCUCCCCCUGGUGGUCAUUUAACCACUAACCUAACAAUACACAAAGGUGACAUCAGAACUGUUUUCUUCUACUAGACACAAACUUUGUCUGUCUCUUGACGUUUCCUGUUCAAACAUUCAUUGAGUUAAACUUGGGGAAAAUAUUUUUAAAAUAUUUAGGAUGGGGAUAUAUUUUUUAUGUAUUACAUAUUUAUACAUUUUAAUGAUAGAUGAAGGCUGUGUAUAUUAUUUUGCCACUUUUUGUCAAGUAUUCAGUGUAAAUACAGAGAAACAGAAG